GGCAAUUUUCGCCCACUACUACUAUUACUCCCUCUGGACCCUCUUGUCCAACUCCAAUGCAAUAUUGCUACUACCGGGUUGGUUUCAGAAUAUGCAUCGAUAGAUAUUGAGCUCGAAACUAACAGCUUUUCUUGUUAAAAAGGACUCAUAGUCUAGAAUUGUAAUGGCCCCAUCAGAGAAGCCUCAGAGAAAGAAAUCUCCAUUUUCCCUGGUCAAAAUUUUAAAUGACUUAAAAAAUGUUGACAUGGAAAUGAUGAAGGAACUUCUUUUUGCCCCAAGAUACUUAUGGAUAUCAGCUGUUGGUUUCUUGCUAGCAGAGAUAGUGAUCAACAUUUUCAUCAUACAAAGAGUUAAAUACACUGAAAUUGACUGGAUAGCAUACAUGCAAGAAGUAGAAGGGGUUGUAAAUGGCACCUGGGAUUACACUAAUCUGAAGGGUGAUACAGGACCUUUAGUCUAUCCUGCUGGUUUUGUGUACAUAUUUACGGCAUUAUAUUACAUCACUGGCAAUGGAACCAAUAUUCGGCUGGCACAGUAUAUAUUUGCUGCAUUCUAUAUCAUUACAUUAAUUCUUGUCUUCCGGAUAUUUCAUAAAAGUAAAAAGCUGCCUCCUUAUGUGUUGAUUUUUGUGUGCUGUACUUCUUAUCGAGUUCACUCCAUUUUUGUACUCCGACUCUUUAACGAUCCUGUUGCUAUGAUGAUUCUUUAUGCAUCGCUUAAUUUAUUCAUUGAUGGAUAUUGGUCUCUUGGAAGCUUACUCUACAGACUUGCCUUCGGGUUAGUCGUACACUCCUGGAUUUUUUCUCCUACUAUGUUGUUUUCUUUCUUUCAUUGUCUGUCUGUCAGACCAACUGUGCUGCAAUCUAUCCUAAGUAAAGGACUCCAGGUAAUUCUUGGCACGCCAUUCCUGCUCAGUAAUCCAGUUGGAUAUUUGAAGCAAUCCUUCGAUGUAGGACGGGUGUUUUUAUUCAAGUGGACUGUGAAUUGGCGUUUCCUGUCAGAAGAAGUUUUUGUGAACCCAGGAUUUCAUUUGGUCCUCUUGAUUUUGCACAUAGUGCUCUUAGCAUCUUAUGCAUACACACACUGGAACAAGUACCUUUCAACUUAUUCUUCACUUUGUCAAGCAGGACUAGGAGGAAAUUUGACAUGUCAGCUGUUCAUUCUUCCAAUGUUCAUGAGUAAUCUCAUUGGUAUAACAGUGAGUCGCUCUCUUCAUUACCAGUUUUAUAUUUGGUACUUCCAUUCCCUGCCAUACUUGCUGUGGUGCACACAGUAUUCAGUUGUUUUCAGGAUCUUAAUACUGGGACUGAUCGAGCUCUGUUGGAAUACCUAUCCAUCUACUUGGUGGAGCUCAUCUCUCCUUCAUGCUUGCCAUUUAGCUCUGCUAGUAGGUCUUUUCCUCAACAGGCCUACAGACAAGCAGGCAGAGAGAUACAGGAAGAUGUUUGGAAAGAAGGAUUAAGACUAAUAGUGAUCAGUUUUGUAUGUUUGCUAAUUAGCUUUUUUUCAUGUUAAAAAUACAUGUUAAAAUUUGACACAGAAGAUUAAUGUUUAUAUAAAAAUAUAAUGUACAAUACUAUUUUAUAUAAAACCAUGAAUGUACUUGAAAUGAUGUUUGGUUAUAGAAUUAAAAUUCUAAAGUUUU